ACCUCGUAAAUGACCUUGCUCUCCUCGAAAACAAGUGGAAUAGAGAGAAGAGAAAUAGAGGGAAGAGACCAGAAAAAGAGAUAGAUUCCUCCUGCCCUGAUUCUACUACUGAACUUGAAAUUUACAUUGAAAUUCAACUCUAAGAGGGUUCAAGUCCGUGAGAGUCUAUAAAAAGGGGCCAAGGUGUGAGUUUUAGGGUUGUAAAGUGGGCUCAAAGAAGCGAAGGCGAGCGAGAGCGAGAGGCAGAGAGUUAAAAGAGACAGAGAGAAAAAUGGGAGCCUGGGCUAUCGCAGUGCAUGGUGGCGCUGGUGUGGACCCAAACCUCCCUAAAGAAAGGCAAGAGGAGGCUAAAAGACUCCUCACACGUUGUCUUAAUAUUGGCAUCUCUGCUCUCCUCUCUAAUCUCCCCGCCAUUGACGUCGUUGAACUCGUCGUGAGAGAACUGGAAACAGAUCCUUUGUUCAACUCCGGGCGUGGAUCUGCUCUCACGGAGAAUGGGACGGUGGAGAUGGAAGCCAGCAUUAUGGACGGACCAAAGAGGAGAUGUGGUGCUGUGUCGGGUUUAACCACGGUGAAGAAUCCUGUCUCUCUUGCCCGACUUGUCAUGGAUAAAUCACCACAUUCUUAUCUGGCCUUCUCGGGUGCCGAGGAGUUCGCUAGGAAACAGGGCGUAGAGUUGGUGGACAAUGAAUACUUUAUUACGGAAGAUAACGUGGGGAUGCUUAAGUUGGCAAAAGAGGCAAACUCAAUCCUGUUUGAUUACCGUAUCCCAGCAAUUGGCACUUGCGGCGCCGGCGCAGCUAUGGACAGUCCCUUGCAGAUGAACGGGCUUCCGAUCAGCGUUUAUGCUCCGGAGACGGUUGGGUGCGUGGUCGUUGACAAGGAAGGCCGGUGUGCUGCAGCCACCUCCACUGGUGGACUCAUGAACAAGAUGACUGGAAGGAUCGGUGACUCGCCCCUCAUAGGCUCGGGAACCUACGCAUGUGACUUGUGUGGGGUGUCAUGCACUGGGGAAGGAGAGGCGAUCAUCCGCAGCACCCUGGCUAGGGAAGUAGCGGCAGUGAUGGAAUACAAAGGGUUGAAUCUGCAUGAGGCGGUGGAUUAUGUGAUAAAAAAUAGGUUGGAUGAAGGAAAAGCUGGGUUGAUUGCUGUGUCUAAGAAUGGUGAGGUGGCUUGUGGGUUUAACACCACUGGGAUGUUCAGGGGCUGCGCCACCGAGGAUGGGUUCAUGGAGGUUGGUGUGUGGUAAAUGUGCUCGGCUUGCGCUAAACCUUUAGCAGUAGGCGGCCCAAGGGGAAUUUGCUUUCCGUGAUUUUACUCAUCUGCUCCACAGGAUCUCUUGUUUGGUCAUAAUUAAGUGAAGCACUGUGUAACUGAAAUGCCCGAAUAAUAAUCAAUCAGGAUCAAUAUUUUGGGACUGUAAUUUGCUAGUAUCAAAUAUCAAUCAAUCAUGACAUGUUGAUGCUUUA